UAGAAGCAAAAUCACGAAAUCAAACCUUAGUCUAUAAAUACACACACUCCCACCAACUUCCUUCACUCACUCUCUAACAAUGGCUUCCUCCUCCUCCUCCUCUCCGAUCAUCCUCUCCGCCAUUCUUCUCUUCAUCUUCUCACUCUCUUCCUCAUCUGCUAAAACAUCAUUCCGACCUAAAGCUCUCAUUCUCCCUAUCACAAAAGAUCCAUCUACUCUCCAAUACACCACCGUCAUAAAACAACGCACUCCUCUCGUCCCUGUUUCCGUCGUCUUCGACCUCGGUGGUCGAGAUCUCUGGGUCGACUGUGACAAAGGCUACGUCUCCUCCUCUUACCACUCCCCCCGCUGCAACUCCGCCGUCUGUUCACGUGCCGGAUCCACCAGCUGCGGCACGUGCUUCUCCCCUCCAAAACCUGGCUGUAGCAACAAUACUUGCGGCUCUAUUCCAGAUAACACCGUCACCGGAUGGGCUACUUCCGGCGAAUAUGCUCUAGAUGUUGUCUCGAUCCAGUCUACUAACGGAUCCAAUCCGGGUCGGUUCGUUAAAAUACCUAGUUUCAUAUUCAGUUGCGGAUCAGAUAAUAUCCUUAAAGGACUAGCUAAAGGAACAGUUGGUAUGGCUGCAAUGGGACGUCACAACAUCGGCUUGCCGUCUCAAUUCGCCGCUGCGUUUAGCUUUAAACGCAAAUUCGCCGUGUGUCUUACUUCCGGUAAAGGCGUCGCCUUCUUCGGCAACGGGCCUUACGUUUUCCUCCCCGGAAUCCCCAUCUCAAGGCUCCAAACGACGCCACUUCUCAUCAACCCUGUGAGCACUGCUUCUGCUUUUUCACAAGGCGAGAAAUCCCCAGAGUAUUUCAUCGGCGUCACCGCUAUUAAGAUCGUCGAGAAAACAAUUCCGAUCAGUCCACGGCUUUUGAAGAUUAACAGUACCGGAUUCGGAGGAACCAAGAUCAGCUCCGUGAACCCUUACACGGUGAUGGAGUCAUCAAUCUACAAAGCUUUUACGUCGGAGUUCGUUAGACAAGCAGCCGCGAGGAACAUCACGCGAGUAGCGUCGGUGAAACCGUUCGGAGCGUGUUUCAGCACGCAGAACGUCGGCGUCACGCGCGUGGGAUACGCCGUGCCGGAGAUCCAGCUUGUGCUUCACAGCAAGGACGUCGUUUGGAGGAUCUUUGGAGGUAACUCGAUGGUGAGUGUGAGAGAUGACGUCAUCUGCUUGGGUUUCGUUGACGGAGGAGUCAACGCGAGAACCUCUGUGGUGAUCGGAGGGUUUCAGUUGGAAGACAAUUUGGUUGAAUUUGAUUUAGCGAGCAACAGAUUCGGGUUUAGUUCUACCUUAUUGGGCCGUCGCACUAAUUGUGCCAACUUUAACUUCACUUCCACUGCUUGAUUAAAUGAUUACAUUUACCUUAUCAAUCUCCUUAAAAAUAAAUGUGGCUAUCAAAAUUUUUGUUUGUUUUGAUGUUUUGAGAACGGAGCCAAAUGUCAAUCCAAUAAUUUAUUAUCA